GCCCACUUUUUCUUACUGUAAUAAAGAUGACGAGAGGUAGCUCCAGGUAAAAAAAAAACAAAAGGAGGGCAGAGACGUGUCCGAGCAGGGGUGGAGUAUGCAGGUAGACGCACGUCGGAGAGUCCCUUCAUGAACAGAGAGAGAGAGAGAGAGAGAGAGAGAGAGAGAGACAACUUUGUAAAGCUGCUGCGAGUCAGUCGCAUUCAAUAAGUCCUGCAGUGGAUCUCUGAGGGGGCUUCAUCGACUCUACUGCUGCUGAAGGAAACGAGUCGUCACGCCAUGGAAACACAGGCAGAAAAUCAAAGGCCUAACAAUGGCCAGUUGAUUUCUGUGCCUCACAAGGAUACAAUCCGCCUGCUGGAGGUGUAUGUCAAGCGCAGCCUCAGCCUAAAUGAUGGGGCACUGGGCACUGAUAGGAAGGCUCAGAGGAAACAGAAGUGGGUGACAAUGCCGAGAAAGCAAAGACGACAUUCCAGUGACCCUUCCCUCCACUUGGCCGAGGGAAUAAACGACGAGGUAAUCUGUACGUUUUCUGGCGUGGAACCUCCCGUGAAUGAGCCCAGGACGCUUCAUGAAGAGUCAGAGAAACCCACCAAAAAGUCAAAGAAGAACAAGAAGCCCUCAUUCUGGAAAAAUAUAUUUGGUAUUUUCUAUCGGAAGAGUAACGAGGAGAAAGAUGAAGAGGAGGACGGUCCAUCAGAUAUCCCCGAGGUCUCCCAAGCAGAAGAGUCCUCUAACGCCGCCAUCAUGUGCCUGCCCACAACUCCCGUCACUUCACAAAGAAGAAAGUCUAAGAGAAGGAAAUCCUUAAAAAGAAGGUUCUCUAAAAAGCGGCUUUCUCUGACAAAAUCUGGUAAAGAUCUCAUCACUGCUGACAUCACCCGGGUUGAAGCUGUCGUCAGCGUGGAACCGACGUACGCUUACUAUGAGAAAGUGUCAGAGGAACUGGAAAGAAUCGUGCAUGAGGUCCAAGAGAAAGAGGAAGUUCAACCUCUUUCUGAUGAGGAAGUCAUCAACAGGAUCAUUGCUUUGACAAAGCAGCAGGGUGAUGCCAUAGAGGACAAGCUGAAAGAUAACCCCACCCUGAGCAACUUUUUCCAGCGGAUGUCGUACUCAUCCUUCCAGACGUUGGCCGAUGCAUAUGUGGAGAAAGAAGCAUUGCCGACCAACAAUCCUCCCACUCUCCCACCAACAGCACCCGAGCUGGUCAAGUUGGCCUUAACGUACGACUUUACAGCCAAGAUAGCCAGGCUCUCCAAACAGAAUAUAGGACACAUUACCGGCCUGGGGAACCGUUACCUACAAGACCGAUUUGAAUACCAACAGUCAUGUUCAGAUCAUCCAUGCUCUGACAGUGACAGCUGAGAGGCAGCCCUGCAGAAACAACAGUGAAACUUUUACUCUGCAACUUCUCUCAGCACCACACAUGUGGUUAGAGAUGUGUUGAAAGUAUAAGUUCACCCCUUUUUUAACCACACAGUGGACUACCUAAAACUAAUGUUAAGCUUAUAAAAAAAAAAUUGCCAUUUUCAUUUGAUUUUUUUUUUUUUUUUACUAUUUUGUGUUAGAAUAUUUGUGUAAUUGUGCCACAACAGGAUGUUUGUGGGGAAAACCAGUUGAGUUGCUUUGGUAGUUUUGAGUGUGUGUGUUUAAGUGUCAAGUGACUGAUUUCUUUCACAUGGAGGAUCAACAAAAAAGACCAGUUUUAAAACAGUGAAACUAUAAUGUGAUGCUUUUUAUUUCUUUACAAAUCCACCACUGAAUUAAAUGUUCGUACAUUGAUUUACAAACACAAUGUAUAUAAGCUAAACGACUCUGUGCAAUAAAUAUAUAUAUAUAUAUAUAUUUACAGUUCUAGGAUUUUAAAAUAUUUAAACUUUUUUAAAUAGAACCUAAACUUAAAUGUAAUAUGAAUGCUGGCAUUCAAUAAAAGAUAUUUAAUUUAUUAA